AUGGGUUCCAAGGGCGCCACCACGAUAUACCUCGGGGAUCCUCGGGGCCUGAGGCCGAAUAGGGGGUUUCCGCCAGCCUUUGUCCAGGGGCAAUCCUCUUUGGGGCACAAAUCCUCACAAGGGCAACGGAGCCGGCAACUGUCACCUGCAGUGGCCAAUUCCCCGACGUUGAGGUCUGGCUUGGCAUAUUAUGCUGCCAGUCCCUGCGCUGCGGAUCGAUCGUUGAGCCCCGAAAACCGUGCUGGUUUGCAGGUGAGAAAUUCGAGCAACAGCCCAGAGAUGCGACGCUCACCGGUAGCGUACAGCAUCGACAAGUACAGGGCUCUGACUCCGAAUCCGAGCACUCAAGGCCUUCGCACGGUCAUGCGACCUGCAGAGCCCCAGCACAUUCGAGAUCGGUCAUCUAGCCCGACCGCGAAUGCCCGCUUUGGACCUGCACCCUUAGUGCCUCCGUUUGCGUUGCAGGGUCGAGUACCAGUGCGGCAGCAAGUCAGGUCGAUGACGCCAGACAGCAGAGAGAUGCUGAAGAGAGCUGCUCCGCUGCCGGUGCCAGUGACUGCAACUUCUAACAGUAACAGGAUGCUGCGCGAGCAGAACAUCACCACUCGAAGCAACGGUUCUGAAAGGAGGCCUGAGCCGCUGAGCGUGCGGAUGGUCUCGGUGCCUGGUGCCACUUCUAAAGGUACUGUGGUAGGUACUGCCAUGGUUGACACAAGAAGUCGAACGAUGGCCCGUUCUGUCAGCCCAAUGGUGGCGGUGCCGUUGGAGCAGUACUACAGUCGCAGCAGGCCAGGGACACCGUUUAGGUCCUUGAGUCCUUCAGGCCAUAGCUCAACUCCAACUCACGCAGACCCUCGUGCUCCUAGCCCUUGCCGAAUUUUAGCGACAAAGGGUAGUGGCAGGCCUCAGAUGAUGCGGCCACAGCAGAUAAUCACCCGUCAGCCGUCUGCAGAAGGUGCAAAGCAGUUUGUCACUUAUCGGCAGCCGCCUGGAGUGGUAUUACAAGGGAUAUCUGGUGGUCGGAUUUCGGUGGCGCAGACAGCGGUCAGGGUGCGGCAGCCAUCGCCACAGAUUCAGGGCUCGCAGAGCAACACCUCCACAAUCGCGUCGAUGCAGGCCAUGUCAGUGUAUAGCGGCUCGCAGGCAUCCCCACCUAUUCCAGGUGGAGAUUGUGCUCCUAGACCUUUGGCUCCAGGUGCCAGCUAUUUACCCUACGCUCCAGCUGGUGCGGGAACCUCUCCCUCGGGAGCACCUUUGCCUCCAAACGCCGAACUUUGUGAGGGUGCUGUCCUGCCCAUCAUCACUGGUGGUGGCACCUGUCGUAUCAAGAAGCCCUUGGGCAUGGGAAGCUUUGGAGCUGUUUGGGAAGCAGAGCAGACUGGGGGCGGCCCAGCACUGGCUCUGAAAGAGAUCUUGUGCCAUUCCCAUGUCGAUCUGGUCAAUGCGCAGUUUGAGGGAAGCCUUUUGGAGUCCUUCAAGGGCAAGGAGCCAGGCAAGAUGGACUCUGCCUCUAUCCUCCCUGUCCUUGUAGGCUCCGAUAUGUCGCCACUCUCAGACAACCUGUAUCGUGUGCGUUUGGCGAUGACACGUUUGCCUGGACAGCCCUUGGACACGUUCCUUAGGGUAAGGCAGGAAGAGCAACUCCCAGACCAAAGGUCGGCUGCGAGCCGAAUCGAGACCAUGAAUGAGGCCUUCCAGUUUGCCUGGGAGCUCCUCCAACAGCUGGCUCCGGCAUUCGAAGAACAUAUUGCUGCCCUUGCCUACCAUCGCGACGUCAAUGCGCACAACAUUUUGAUCGAUUUUGCCAAUGGUCCAAAUCCGAAAUACGGCUUGGUGGAUUUCGGCUUGGCAGUGGACGUGCAAAGCUGGCAGGGUGAGUUGGAAGUCCAGGAACGGGCUCAACCUUCGCGCCAAACCAGGGUGGGACAGGAUGGGGCCACCACCUGGCAUCACUUGGAUGUCGGUGGCGACUGCAGGUACUGGCCAGUUUCCGCAUGGGUUCAGUUCCUGCUUGGCUGGACAGAAUUGGAAUGCAAUCCAAUGCUUCGCUCCGAAUAUCGGACGCGGUUGGACAUGCAUUCUCUCGGUCUCACUGCGUUGCAAGUUCUUGUGGAAACGAUGCCACCGGAUCUUUCCCUACCUCCUGGGCACAGCGCAGGAGGGUUGUUCGCGGAGCUUCAGAGCCUAAAAUCUGGGUGGGAGCGCUACUGGGACAUGGUGACGCCCUUGCACCGCCGAUUGAUGGAAACCUUCCACAAUGGCGGUGAUUGGGAUGUCUUGAAGGCCCAUUGCCUUGACAACAAUGUGCACGAAGCCAUCGCAGCUGAACUGCGGGGCAUUCGUGGUGCAAUCAUCCGCUCGCAUGCUGCUGGAAGGAGUUUGCCAAGCAGUUCAGGAUUCUGUUCUGAAACUUCUGCUGGUCUCCUCACCGCGCUGUUGCUGCUGAUUGGCUGCGGGGAUCGUUCACAUGAGGUUGAAGGCACUGUGGGGCCAGGCGCUGAAGAGGUACCGGGCCCCAACGUGUGGCGACAAGUGCGGAUGUCACUUUCGGACAAGGCCCAGAGUUUGAGUCAAUUCCAGGCAUUGGGAGGGAUGGCAUGUCACCAAGCAGUCCUGGAAAGCCAAGGCGAUGCUCUUGAGGAGGGUGUGCAGCCGAGGGAGAAGGCAAAACGAGAUGUCGCAGCUUUGACUGCCCUUGCCUUUGGAGGCUUAGUUGGCGUGGUUUUGCUGCCAGUCAUCAUAGCAGCGCGCUGUGUGCACGGCUGCUACAAGCUUGGCAAGCGCAAACUUGCAAAGAGUGAUCCGGAGCAGCAGGUGCAAGAUUGUGAUGGCAUUUGGCCAUACAUCAAUGUUCAUGAUGAUGGAGGUCUACACCGGCUGCCAGAUGGAACCAUGCGGCUGGCAGGGUAUGUCAAGAUGUCUGACGGAGUCAGGAUUGCCAUUGACGUACUCUUGCCUCGCCAAGCACAAGGUGACGGAAGUCUUCGUCCCGUGCCUUGCGUUUUGCACAUGGCACGCUACUGGCGCGCAUGGGAGAUGCGGUGGCCGUUUCGGGAGCUUGUGAAUGGGGGGCAGCCCUGGGAUUUCUUGCUGGGGCCGUGGAAGAGCGCACUCCUCAAGUCUGGCUUUGCCGUGGUCUCUGCUGAUGUUCGGGGAGCAGGUGCUUCUAGCGGAACACAGUCCGUGGUGUGGAGCCCCCGUGAGACACAAGACACAUUGGAACUCAUUGAUUUCAUCGUUGGUGGCAGCCAUGCCGUCACUACACAGCGUGCGCGGCAGCCAUGGAGUGAUGGUCAGGUGGCGCUGUUUGGAGUCUCCUACGAUGCUGGCGCGGCUGUGCGAGCAGCUGCCCAUCAACAUCCAGCAGUGAAGGCUCUUGUUGCCAGCUUUCUCUUCGGUGACAUUUGGCGAGAACUUUUUCCAGGUGGCAUCAUGAACCGAUGGUUUUUACAGAGCUGGUGCGAUGUCAAUUCGCGGCUCGACAAUUGCAGGUUAUCUGCGAUUCACCCCUUCGCGCCGCUAGCCAUGAAGGGCGCAGCCCCUGCCUCAUCCAAGCAGCAAUUGGCCAGGCAUGUCGCAGAACACAGUGCCAACUGGGACUUGAUGUCUGCGGCUGGAUCAGUUGCGGCCAUUGAUGAUCCUGUGUCAAUCAGCUCGGGGGAGACCAUGACGUGUCAGAAUUUGGAGCUCUUUUCAGACCCGCUGCCGAGCCUUGAGGGCAAGGCGGUGUUGCCAUCCGUGGCAGCCAGCCAGCUGCCUGUGCUGAUCAUCUCAGGCUGGUCUUGCGUCACCAGCGGCACUGCCUGUGCCACGUUCUCUGCCCUCGCGGGGAAGCACUGGCGGCUGUUGGUUGGGCCAUGGAACCAUGGCGGGGUGCAGCACGUCAGAUAUUGUAGAGACACCAAACUACUGAAGUUCCCAAAGGCUCAUGCUGUUCAGGAUUUCCUACUGCAUCACAUGCAGCCCAAGAGCCAGACGCCAGAGUGGCUCGCUUCACCUCAACCGGAGGCUCAUUUCUACCUUUGCGGGGCAGCACCAGCUUGGCAGCACAGCACCAAGUGGCCUCCAGAAGGUGUUGUCAAAAAACCGCUAUGGCUAAGCGGAUCCAAGACAUUGUCAUGGACCGAAAGUGAGUUGGAAAGUGAAGGAGCCAGCCAGCUGCCAAAAGCUACCGGUGCGAAGCAAGUGGUUUGGGGCGGUGUGUCUCGAUAUAUGGCUAUGAUCAGGAUGAUGGACCUCGUGAAGUACAAGUGGAACCAGUCGUCCAUCGCCAAGGGCCAUGCGCUGCUGUUUGAAUCUGCACCAUCAAAUGAGCCCUUGGCUGUCAUCGGUUCUCCGGUUUUAUCCUUGCGCCUGAAGAGUUCUCGAGAUCAGGAUGCAGAUGUUUUUGCUUACCUUUGCGAACGUCCACCCAACGGUGGCGAUUUGGUGUACGUCACAGAAGGCAUUCUCCGGCUCUCGUACCGGAAGGAGGAAGAUGCUCCAAGCCACGAGAAGGCGGUGGACCCGCCGUCUGAAGCAGGCGUAGUGCCACACCACAGCUAUAGGCGGCGAGAUAUGGAGAUGCUGCCGCCUGAAGGUGAAUUUACUACGGCAAGGCUGAAAUUCUUUCCUGUGGCGUAUAGAUUCCGUGCUGGUUCUAGAGUUGCUUUGGUGAUAUGUCCGGACGACGCUACUCACUAUGCGUCCAACCCAUUGGCUGGGCAACAUCCACCGUUUAUUUGCCAUUCGAAAUCAGAACAAUCACUGCUGUGGCUACCAAUCCAGCAAGACAUGACUGCUGCCGGUACAGCCCUUUAA